CGUCCUGCCACUCUCCGGAUGCCAUGUCGAACUCAGUCCCUAGCCCUGAGAUUAUCCCCCUCGCCGUGCUGUGCGGAGGCCUCGUCAUCGGCGGAUUUGCUGCAGUCCUCAUAACACGCAAGAUCGCGAGACAGCGGCUACUGCUGGAGCUGCGGUCGGCUGCGGAAGCGAGGAUAGUAGAGGAUCGACUUGGAGAGAAGCCAGUCCUGGUGGAUAUCUAUGUUGGGCCCUCGCCAGACGAGUCGUCUGGAGAUCUGCACUGGACGAUCGUCCAGCCCAUAUCCACAACCUUCAACGCUCAAGUAUCGUCGCCGCAUCCACACCACACCAUCGAGAAGCGUCCCGGCUACCUCCGGACUCCCCUGGUGGACGGAAAUGUCCUACAGGUGUCCAUGGGGAUUUCUAUGCCAACGCCACCGUUCCCUAAUGGAACAGAAGCGUUCUUGGAAUCGUGCGAAUACUGCAUUGGCACGUCAGACGUUGUUCUCUGCACCUUGUUGGGAGCGAGGCAACGUCUCGUUGGGAUAAAUUGACUGAAGCACCUGGCAGCCGACGAUGACGGGCAUUGAUCACUCCUCAUUUUAUACUUACAAACUCUAUCCACCCGAUCUUCCACCAGAACCUAUAUAGUGUCAUUGUAUACAUUAUAUAUUGUAUGAUAGAUAUAUCGCUGUUGUACCGCGACCCAAUGUAAUUACCGCUGGGGAGAAU